AUGUCGCCACUCAGAGUGAAGAUACAGGUGCCCGAGGACACGAUAUGGAAACCGGUCGAAGGCGAUGAGCCCGAAGAUGUUGUUUUCAAUAGCAUAUACGGUCUGCGCACCAUCGAGCUCAAUCGCCCAAAGAAGCUCAACUCUCUCAAUGGGUCCAUGAUACGCAAGAUAGCACCUCGUCUCAUCGAAUGGCAAGAAUCCGACAUGGCGAACGUGAUCGUCAUGAAGGGCGCAGGCAAUGCGCUGUGCGCGGGAGGGGAUGUCGCGGCGCUGGCCAAGGACAACCAGCACGGCAAGCAGGGGCAGAAGAGGUCCGACGCAUACUUUGCCCUCGAGUACAAGCUGGACCACCUCAUCGCGACCCUCACGAAACCCUACAUAGCGUUCAUGGACGGCUUCACGAUGGGCGGCGGUGUCGGCCUGAGCAUCCACGCGCCCUUCCGAAUAGCAACCGAGAGGACGGUCUUUGCUAUGCCUGAGACAACUAUUGGCUUCUUCCCGGAUGUCGGCGCGUCCUUCUUCCUGCCACGGCUGCCUGGGGCGGUGGGUACCUACCUGGCCCUGACGAGUGAGCGUCUGGAGGGCGUGAAUGCUUUCUACGCCGGUAUUGCCACCCACUAUCUGCACUCCACUACGCUGCCGAUGCUGGAGGGGCGGCUGGCGGAGCUGAGGUUCAGGGAUUUCGACCCCCUCGAGAAGCGCCUGCACCUGAUCAACGACGCUAUCGAGGAGUACACCACCGGGCUGCCGCACGAUCAGCCGAUCCUGCUCGGCGGCGAACUGAGGAAGGCCAUCGACCGGUGCUUCUCCAGGGCGACAGUCGAUGAGAUCAUCCAGGCACUCAAAGAGGAGCCCGAGGGUCCGACCAAGCAGUGGGCGGACCAAACCCUCGCCACGUUGCACGCGCGAUCACCUACCUCUGUCCAUGUAGCACUGAAGCAGAUGCAGAGGAGCCGGGAGCAGAAGUGGUCCAUUGCAGACACAUUUAAGCGGGAGCACCAGAUCGCGGCCAAAUUCAUGCGACAUCCUGAUUUUGUCGAGGGCGUGAGCGCCCAGCUCAUCCGCAAGGAUAGGAAACCAGUGUGGCAGCCAGCCAGCCUUGAGGACAUCCGCGAGGAGGACAAGAUCGCGGAGCCCUUCUUUGAGAUCACACCACAGGUUGCCCCUCUGCAACUCCUGACCAGGGAAGAUUAUCCCGAGUACCCCUGGAGGCGGUUCGGUCUGCCCACGGAGGACGAGGUCAAGCAGGUGGUGAAAUCGAAGAAUUACACGGCGAAUCAGGUGUGCAACGCAUUUGCCGCCCAGAGGAAUGGCAAGCAGGGUAUCAGGGAGGUUGUUGCUGAGAUCGUGGCGAGGAACACAAGAACCAAGGAGAAAUCUAUGUAUAAAAUUGAUGGUAUGAUGUGA